GGGUGGGAGCGACAUGGGCAAAACAUCCUAUCACAAGAAAGCCAAGAAGCAUAAAAAGGAAAAGAAACGACACAGUAAAGAUACCCGUGAACACAGCCGGUUGGUUGAAUACGACAAUGUGUCUUCCGGCUCUAGCCUGGAAGAGGAAGAGGGCGUUGUGGACUCAUCUCCGGAACGCAAGCGUUUGCGCGAGCCCGUAUCUAACGAUAAGCACGACAACAGUAACAGCAGCAGUGGCAAGCACAAAAGCAGUAGUCGAUACUCACCCCUACCAAGCUCCACGCCUCCACGAGGAAGUCGUUAUUCGUCGUAUGAGAGCUCGUCGUACUCCAACACCGAGUAUCGUUCCUCCUCAAACUACGUGUCAUCAUCGUCGCGCGAGCCCGCCGCAGACUCAUACUCGAAGACCUAUGAUCGUCAUCCCCCGACAUCGUCGCGGUACCGUUCGUUGCGAAGUCCCAGCCCGUUGACGAGAUCGCGUCGUACUCCGCCUGUGUCGAAAAAAUAUCAGAGUUACCGUGACCACCACUCACCCAGUCCGUCACCAUACUCGCGGCGAGGCCAUUCCCGUUCCCGAAGCCGAACGCCAGCUGGCAAUGGCGGUAGUUACCGAGACCGCAGCUCACGGGGUACUGGUGGUCGCAAAAGCCGUGCGAGGUCGCCUUCUCCUCCGACCCCCCCUCGGAGACUGAGCCAUCGGCCGAGGCGGCAGAGUCAAUCACUUUCUCCUGACGACAGCUUCUCCUCUUCCUCGCUUGCUUCCGAGCUGAGAAAGCUUCCGAAGGGAAAGAAUCUUGCAAUGCGGCACACAGCACCGUCCUCUUCGUCGCCGCUGGCAAAGCCAGUCCCGCCUCCAACGAUGGUCGAUGGACCUCCUCCGAUGAAAGAAGAUCUGUGGCCACCAACGCAGCCACCUCUGCCCCGUUCCCCGCCGCCUGUGCCGACAUUGACUACGACGAUGACAAUGACGACGACAACGAUUGAGAGGCAACCCACACCCCCUAGGAAGGGUGUAAAGGAACUUCCCAUGCCUCCUGGCAUUAAUGUCGAAGAUUUACGCCGAGAUCAGCAUCGGACGUUCGCCGAAAGAAACGGCCGAACGGAACAAUCGUCGUUAGCGUCUGGCUCGAUGGAGACCUUUCGACGACCGACGAUUCUAGCGCGGAACGCGUUUGACGAUGACCUGCCUAACUGGGGCGAACGUUGCGUUGACGUUUUUGACAUUGUUCAGCAAAUCGGCGAAGGUACAUAUGGGCAAGUGUAUAAAGCCCAAGACCGCAAUUCUGGCGUGAUGGUCGCGCUCAAAAAGGUGCGCAUGGAGAAUGAAAAAGAAGGGUUCCCUAUCACGGCGAUUCGAGAGAUUAAGAUUCUACGUCAGCUCAAUCAUCCCUCAAUCGUUAACCUUAUGGAGGUCGUUACUGACAAAUCGGAUGCUCUCGAUUUCCGAAAAGAUAAGGGCGCUUUCUAUCUCGUUUUUGAAUACAUGGAUCACGAUCUGAUGGGUCUGCUUGAGUCCGGGCUUGUCGACUUCAAACCGGGCCAUAUCGCCUCGUUCAUGAAGCAGCUUCUCGAAGGCCUAUCGUACUGCCACCGUAAGAACUUUCUUCAUCGAGAUAUUAAGUGUUCAAAUAUUCUCAUGAACAACCAGGGCCAAAUAAAACUAGCUGACUUUGGCCUUGCACGGUACUACAAUGCUGAAGAUAAGGAUCGGCCAUACACAAACAAGGUGAUAACACUAUGGUACCGCCCGCCCGAGUUGCUAUUGGGCGAAGAGCGCUAUGGGCCUGCUAUUGACGUAUGGAGCUGUGGCUGCAUACUUGGCGAGCUCUUCACCAAAGAGCCUUUAUUCAAAGCAAGCCAAGAAAUGCAGCAACUGGAUAUCAUUUCACAGGUUUGCGGUACGCCUACACCAGCCGUGUGGCCUCGCGUCAUACAACUACCUCUGUUCGCCCAGUUCAAACCAAAAAAGCAACAUCCACGACGAGUGCGACAAAAGUUCUGCUUUAUGCCACAGCAAGCUUUAGACUUGCUCGAUCAAAUGCUGGAACUUGAUCCAGAACGGCGAAUUACAGCUGACAAUGCACUUCGAUGUCCAUGGCUGAGCUCCGUGCAGCCAGGCGAGUUACGGCCUCCUGAGCUUCCGCGUUACCAGGAUUGCCACGAAAUGUGGUCUAAGAAACGAAAACGAAUGUUACGUAUGCAAGAGCAGCAGCAAGCUAUGCAUGCCGUUCAGCAGCAACAGCAACAGCUGAUGCAGGAUGAAAAUGGAAGCAACAACAACGACGUCAACAGCGGAAAUAACAACACCAGUAAUAACAACAGCAACUCAAUGACAAACAGUGGAAGUAGCAGUACCGCGUUAAGAAACGGUGCCGGAUAGCGGUGAAACCAAUGCACCGAAUAGUGGUUGAACUGAGAUAUGGAUGGUCUGUUGUUUAGGGGUACUACAAUGUAAAGGGAAGCUAGAAAAAAUGGCACAAAAGACACGAGCGUAAUAGUGAUAGUGGCAAAUGAGUAAAGGUUAAUACAUCCAGAGUGAAAAUAAUGAAGAAGAGAGAUUAAAGAGUAUGAAAUGAAAUAACUAACAAACGAAGUCGAGCAGAAAGUGUCAGUCAUGUCAAUGACCAUGAUGAUGAUAAUGGUGGUGGCGAUGAUGAUGAAUUGUGAGACUUGCGUAGUAGUGGUAGUGGCGGUGCAGUGGCAGCGGAAGAUGAUGUUCCUUGGUGGAAGGAGGGUCUGAGACGUUGUUGACCACGCUCAGGGGACGCAGGGUUCAUGAUGAGCAUAAUUCGGAUUGAUGUGUUAGGGGUGUCUCACGUAAUUGUUGUAAAUAGUCGUCUAUGGGUGAUUUUCGUUGACCGUCUGAUAGACUGAUGGGUACUAGGGAGAGUGGCAGGUAAAAGAGAAGCUGUUGGAUGGCACAGACUACGAGCAAGCGUACGUCUCUGAGUACGUGCGUGCAUGCGCGGAUGAGUCAGUUUUUUUCUUCUUUAUUAUUGAUGAUGAUGAUCCCUGGCAGUUGUCCGGAGGGAAGCGCAACACGACAAGAGUCGUUUUGUGGUUGAUAUAUGGAGAAGAAGUUAACUGUUUGUUGUUGCCUUUCCGAUUUGUAUUCGCCUGAAAAUAUACAACUCUCUCUUUACGACGCAUACAAAUCUCGACACGUGAAUAUUUACAUAUGACAGUGAUGCAGCUGAUGUUUAUCCUGUACUGAUAGCGCGGCUGCUACCACUGUUUCACUAGAUAAUGAAAAGAAAGCAAAUAGAAAUAUAGAUUGUCUACUUUAAUAAUAAGAUGCCCUUAAUUGUAGGGCAAUAUGAUUGACAUUUUUGACUUUGAAACGACAACAACUACAGUAACGACAGCAACAAACGUUCAACAAGCAUUCAGAAAAAUAUUACACUGUAUAGAAUGAUGUGCUAAAAUAUCUCUUUAUAAAAACCUCUAAAGAAAUGAGGCGGCAUUAUAUUUUGUUGAUGCUUAAUGAGGAACUGACAAUAAUACUAGUAUUAACAAUAUGGUAAUAAUAAUUAUAAUUAUUAUGCUGUCCUGUUAGCUGAGGUGAACGCGUUUAACUGUCGUCCAACUGUGAGACCAUUUGGGGCGCUGGAUAUUUCCCACUUUAGACGUACAUUUGCUACAACAACUACUACUAAAUGUGGACAGUAGUAUGAGUUAUAGAGGAAAAGUUAGUCGGGGUUGUAGUAUUACAGGGGUGAUGACGGUAAAUAGUCCUGAUGCGUGCAUGCAUGCAUCCAAAGAAGUCAGUCAGUGAGGGAAAGAGGCAGGUGGCACGAGGCGGUUUUUAUAAGCCGCAGAAGUUCUAUCUGGGCAUUCUUUGCAAACUGAGGGACUAACGGUAACCCUUUUAAGUCAGGCGUAUGAAUGGAUGAACGUUGGAUCGGGCGGGUAGCAGCUAGGGAAGGGGUAUCAAAAAAGAGGCUUAUGAUGGAUGUUCUUUGUAUAGUGUAGCGAUCAAGUUAAUUAUUUAGAUUUUGAAGAUGUUUACGGUGGAAUGUAAGAGAUAGAAAACGUUUUGCCAACAGUAAUAUGUGAACGGGGGACAAAAACGAAGGAUGUGCUUAAGGACACUUUGAAGGUGAACACCCAAGGCGCGCACCAAGAACCCCCAAAAACCACCCAACGAACAAACAUCUCCGCUGCUUACGUGAAAUUUUUGCGGCUGACAAUGAUGAACCACUUUGGUAAUGAUCACGAUUUAUUGACUAAUUAUUGACUUAUUCACUGCACUACUAUAGAUUGUGAACUGCUCGAAUUCGAAAUUGUAAAAAGGUGACUUGUUAUUGUAUAUUUUCUUUAUUACAAAUGAGAGCAAGAGCGUAAGAAAGCAGAACACUAAAAGGGAGAUUGAGGACACGAUAGAAGCAAGUAGGGAAAAAUCGAGUGCCGGCGGCCAUAUGGACAAACAGGCACACAUUGACUGACUGAGAACGAGCUGCAGGGAGGAAGGAUUAGGUAUUUAUUAUGGAGAAAAUAUAUAUAUAUUACAUAAAUGAUUAAUAUUGUCGCCCUCCCGGAAGCAGAAAACGAGAAAAAUACACAAAAACAAACCAGGAGGAAAAUGUAUCGAUAGGAGCUACGGAACGAUCGAUGAUAACGCUGGGGAAUAAAAAGACGACAAUACAGAAGGUGAUGAUAAUGGAAAAAGCGAAAUUGGACGAGCGCUAAAGCGGGCACUAAAAUGUACAUUUUUUGGUA